CGCCGCUUCUCGUCUUUAAAACAUCAUGAUGAAGCCGCUUUCUCCUUUUCUGAACCGUACUCCUGUGAGUAUUCGUUCAGCAAUAGAUCAAGCAAUGGGGGCAGUCAAGACCAUUGCACCGAAGUUCGGAGGCUUCCUGCCACGGCAGAUGAGAAGAGCUCUGGUAGGAUGCGUCUCCUGUCUGGUCAUCGUCAUUUACCUUUCAGUUGCUGGUGCCUUCUCCGAGUCGAAAAGCGAUUAUCCUCACAGUCUCGCUGCCCCAACAAUGGAAAAGUUUCCCCGCAAAAUCUGGCAGACUUGGAAGGUUGACCCUCUGGCUUUCGACAAACGAGACUUGGAUACCGCAAAGAGCUGGGUAUCUAAGAACCCCGAGUACCGAUAUGAAGUUUUGACCGACCACAACGACAUGUACUAUGUUGAAACGCACUUUGGCCCUGAAGGUUUCAAUCGACCGGACAUCGUCGAUACCUACCGCCAGCUCACUGCAAAGAUCAUCAAGGCUGAUUUGCUCAGAUACCUCGUCAUGUAUGUUGAUGGCGGUGUCUAUACUGAUAUUGAUGUCGAGGCAAUCAGACCAAUCAAGCGAUUCAUCCCGGAGCGGUACAACGAGAAGGACAUCAACAUGGUCAUCAGUGUCGAGAUCGACGAGCCAAGCUUCAGUGACCACGCCAUCCUGGGCCAGAAAUCGAAGUCUUUCUGUCAAUGGACGUUCAUGUGCAAGCCCAAACUCCCCGUCAUGAUGAGACUUGUCGAUAACAUUCUGAAGUGGCUCAAUGGCGUUGCAAAGAAGCAAGGCAAACCGAUUUCAGAAAUUGUCCUCGACUUUGACGAAGUUAUCAGUGGCACUGGACCGUCUGCCUUUACCAACGCAAUCUUGCAAGAGAUGAGCGAGAAUAUUGGUGAGCCUGUCAAAUGGGACAUGUUCCAUGAUAUGCAUGAAUCUAAGCUCGUGGGAGGCUUCCUUGUCCUCACUGUCGAAGCAUUCGCCGCUGGACAGGGCCACUCUGACUCUGGGAACCACAACGCUCGAGCUGCUCUUGUCAAGCAUCACUACCACGCAUCUGAAUGGCCAAAAAAUCAUCCACGAUACAACCAUCCUGUGUAUGGUGAAGUUGAAAAGUGCAACUGGGAUCGAGGGUGUGUUGAAGAAUGGGAUAAGAACACUGCCGCUUUCAAGGAACUCUCGUCCGAAGAACAGGCCAAAAAGAUCGCUCUUGCAAAGCUCGAAGUUGAUACUCCACCACCCAAGGUGCCCGAGGUCCCAACAUGGAACCAGCCUCUACCAGGAGCGGAACAACAGCCCAACGGACAGCCCCAACCCCCUCAGGUUCCCCAGCAGGUACCAGUUCAAGGUCAGCCCAUUGUGCAAAACCCACCCCAGCAGCAACCCCAGCAACCAGGCCAGCAGUUCCAGCAACCCCCAAUGCAACCACUACAGCCAGGCCAGCAGGUACAGCAAGCACCGCCCACGCAACAGCAGCAACCCGGACAGCAAAUCCCGCAAGCUCCACCACAGCAGCAACAGCCAGGACAACAAUUGCAACACCAAUCUGAACAGCAGCUACAGCAGCCACCAACGCAGCAGCCACCAACGCAGCAGCAACCGGGCCAGCAGCAACCAGGGCAGCAAUUCCAGCAACCACCACCACCACCACAGCAGCAGCAACCUGGUCAGGCGUUACAACAGCCACCACCACCAACACAGCAGCAGCAACCCGGACAGGCAUUGCAACAACCACCUCCGCCACAGCAGCAGCAACCUGGUCAGGCGUUACAACAGCCACCACCACCAACACAGCAGCAGCAACCUGGACAGGCAUUGCAACAACCACCUCCGCCACAGCAGCAACAACCCGGACAGCCAUUGCAACAACCACCUCCGCCACAACAGCAGCAGCCCGGACAGCCACUGCAGCAGCAACCUGGACAGCCAUUGCAACAGCCACCACCACGCCAGCAACAACCCGGACAAGGCCCACCUGAACAACCCAAGGCACCUUCGGAAAAUGAACAACAACCUAAGGCGCCCCAGCCUAAUGCACCUGCAUCUCCAGAGGGACCAGAAAAGCUCGAUGAUAAAGACCUCAAGGAAAUUGCCGAUCUCAAUGAUGAGCUCAACAACCUCGAAGGCUCUGAGAAGAAAAAGCGCGAUCCCAAAGCUGAGCCUUGAAGGGUAGUUGAGAUUGCGUGACAACAUUCCAUGACUGCAUGAUAUCGGAGUCUCUCUAUCCACCGCUUUUACCCCUAUUUUUAUUGGAUCCCUGUUGUCAUGAUAGGCAUCAUAAAGCCAAUGGGGGUGAAAUAUCGCCGGAUGAGAUAGACGUAUAUCCCCGCUCGUCUGAGUGGACGUGUGGUGUGGUAGCUGGCUUACACUCCCCAGCACGGCGCGGUACAGGACACGCCCCUUUAUCAGCCUAAAGCAGUCCGAGUAUAUUCAAGAAGAACGGUGUUUCAACGGCGUUUAUGGGUCAUAUCGAAGGGAAGCGCGUGAUGAAUAUGGAUACCUAAAGAUUUCUGAUUUCAUUUCAUUUCCUUUCGUCUUCCUUUUUUUUCUGUCAUAUUCUUAAUAUCCUGAACUCUGAUAGCGGUUGGUUAUGUCUUUAUGCGGGGAUUUAUUAGCACGUUAUAGACUAUCAUUGUCAGUUAUCACGGCCUCCAAUUUGAAUGUGUUAUAAUGUUGAAUAUAACCUGUUAAUAGCAAAUGAAUAUUGGAGACGAGGGUCUCGCAUCUAAACUUUCGCUCGUUUCAUAGUUCAAGAACAUGUUUCCUGAGCUAACAAGUCAAGUAACCAUCGUACCUGAGCUCUCUAGAUGAACCUCGCUGCGCAAGGGCAUCGCCUUGCUCGAUAGAGCCUUUCGUGCUCGUCACCCUCAGGUUUACUUGUCGUUAGAAGUUCAUUUUCAGACGUUGGAAAUUCCGAGGCUAAAAUAGACUGCUUAUGUAAUCGGAAUUUUCUCAAACUUCUCAAAGGCUUUCUUCGCUCUCAAAAGAGCGGUUCUACCCCAGCGCAAGAUCCCCAGCCCACAAACGACAGCGAUGAUAUUAAGACGGUUCGCCAUAAGGCAAGGUAAGCCUUUACUCUUCAAUUUAAUCUCCCAGCUGUCCUAAUUGCCGGACUAACCACCGGAUCUCUUGCAGCGCGCUCCUUUGCGCAGAAC